UUUCAAAUCAAAAAUCAUGUCGAAAAGUGUACACAGAUCCAAACCAGUAAUUCCACCAAAGCCUAAAGAAAUAUUAAACAAGGCUACAAAGUUUAUACAAGAAAACUCUUUAAUGAAACAAAAUGUCGACAGUAAUAUACUGAAAACACGUCCAAAAGUACCUCCAAAACCAGUAUUGAAAUGUACAUUGAAUAAAACGACUGCCGUCACUGACUCCAAAUGUUUACACUCACCAGCAAAAGAUGAAAGUGUUAAAAAACGCCCAUCAGUACCACCAAAACCAACACUUAAGCCUAAAACUGAUAGUAAAGAUGAUGAAGCAAACUUCGUCAAUUUACAGGAAAAUGCUAAGGAAAACGAAAGUGUACCAGGACCUUCAAAACCGGUGCUUGGAUCAAUUGUGUCAGAAAAGAAUGAUAUCAAAGAUUUCAUUCCUUUACAACACGAUUUGAUUGAUGAUUAUAAUAGUCAUGAUGCACAAGUGCAAACUGCUCAUCAGAUAAGCACCUCAAACAAUGAAUAUAAGCAAAAUGCGUUUUUAUCAAAUAACGAAAAGGAAAAAACGUUAUUUUAUAACGUAACUGGAAACUUUAUGGAAGGAGAUGGCAACGCAAAUAAGACACACGAAACGCAAAUUUUCACUUCAGCCAGUGAUUUUAGUAUUCAAAGUUUUUCAAAGCUAAACACAAACAAUGAUAAAAACGAUAAAGGUGACAAAACUGAGGAAAGUCAAGAAGCUAUAAGCGAUAAAGUAGACAUUCUUUUAAAUGUAAAUCCCUUGUGCUCAAAAGAACUAAGUGCCGAUUCAAAUCAAGAGAAAACGUGUAUUCGUGGGUAUGUAGAUUCACUUAUUUUGCCUCCCUCUCCUUUAAUUUUGAAGGGAAGUGAAUCUUUUGAAGACGCACGUAUAACAAAUAUCGAUGAAAGUAGCAGUAAACAUAAGGAAGAAUUAAAUAACAAAAUGAUAACCAAAGACUGCGUAAAUAUCAUCCAAACAAACGAUCAUGCACGAUCUGAGAUCGAGAUUAUGGAUAUCACUGAUGAAGAAAUGUUAAAACAAGCCAUUAAAACUGAACAUGAUUCAAAAACUGAUCACGAUGAUUUUAGCAUUUCAAGUCAAUCAGAAUAUGAAAAUGUUAACAAGACAUUUUUGCCUGAAGACACAUUGAGUAAAGAACAUUCCGAAACAUAUGCAACUCGUAAAAGAAGUGAUAAAGAGUAUUUUGUCCCGUUUUCACUACGACCAAAUAUUACAAAAGAUGAAGGAAAGAUACUAAAUAUCAAAGAUUUACAACAAACAGAUAUGAAACGCACUGCUGAUGAGCUGACGUUGAUACCCCCACGACCGAAACUUGAAAAAGUUUACUAUGUGUCAGAAAGUAAUACCAUAAGUUCGUUCAGUCCAUAUCUAGAAUUGCGUCAUGGUGAAAUUUGUGAAAUUUUAGACGACAGCAACAAGGAAUUUUGGAUUGCGAGAAAAGGUGAUGGAAAAAUAGGUCGAAUUGCUUCGAGGUUUGUCUGUAGUAAACCGGAGCUUGACAUGAACCCUUGGUUUUAUAAGGAUGUUACAUCACAACAUUGUGAAUACAUUCUCAGCGAGGUGGGAAUAGAUGGAUGCUUUAUUGUACAUGAAGCAGAUUAUUCACCUUACGUUUUAUUGUUAUUCAGCGAAGAUCGCACUGGUGGCCAAGUGUAUCGGUACCCUAUCAACCUGAAAAAUAAAUACUUUUUUUUGAAUCCACAAACACUGUUUGUGUCAAUGCCUGAUCUCAUACGCUACCAUUAUAAACGAUCCGGCUGUUUACGUACAUUUUUGAAGUGUUCACCACCUUUGAGGUAUAAGGAAACCCAGGACUUUCCUUUUUCAGAUAAACUGGAGAUCGAGAAAAACGACUUAGAGAUUUUUGGGAAAAUUGGAUCAGGAAAUUUUGGAGUUAUACAUAGAGGUAAAUUUGGAAGGACAGAAAUAGCAGUUGAAAUCGUUAAAAACAUUCAUAGUUUUCAUGAAGAUAUGUUGAUGGAGGCCAGAAUUAUGUCUCAUUUAAAUCAUCCAAAUUUGGUGCAGUUAUAUGGCAUAGUUUCCAAAUCUUUACCGUUGAUGAAAAUAACAGAGUUCAUGCAGAACGGAAACUUAUACCGUUUUCUUAAAGCAAAUAGACUAGGUCUUUUACUUUGUUGUGAAGUCUUAACAGAUAUGUGUCGUCAGGUUUGUCGAGGGAUGGAAUAUUUACAUAAUCAAGGAUAUAUUCUUCGUAAUUUAUCAGCGAAAAAUUGUUCGGUAGGCAAGAAUGGUAUCGUAAAAGUUUCAAAUUUUGCUACGGCUAGGUUUGUAAGAAAAGGAGAAACUGUAACCUUUAAUGCCAUACAGGUUCCAUGGGCACCACCCGAAGUUUAUCACUCUGGUAAAGGAGAUAUCAAGUCAGAUAUCUGGUCUUUUGGUGUUUUAAUGUGGGAAAUAUUUACGUGUGGUGACGUGCCUUUCAUAUAUGAACGUAACAGAAAGGGCAAAAGAAUACAGAUUUACCGACCUCCAAAACCGACUUCAUGUCCUCAAGACAUAGACAUGUUAAUGUUGCGGUGCUGGAAGUUGGAACCUUCUAAUAGACCUACAUUCAAGGAUUUGAAGACUCGUCUUGAAGAAUGUUACUUAAAGAUACAGGAUGAUGAAGAUAAUUCAGACUCCCAAUCACUUGCUGAAUUAGGAUUUGAUCACGUAGACAAACAACUUUUUAUGCAUGCAUUGAAAGAAGGAAACGAAUCAGAUAGCUUCAUCAGAGUUAUGGUUGUUGGGAAUUUUAACCAGGGUAAAACAAGUCUAACAAGAAGGCUUUUACAGCUUCCGAUGGAAAACAUUGAGAGUACAGACGGUAUAGAUAUUCAUGCAGCAAAUUGUGAAGACAAUGUUACAUGGAAAACAACUGUCUCCCAUGCUGCUGAGAUAAAAGGUGCACGUCGACUAGCAAACAUUUUUAUACAAAGCAUAAAAACAACAAUUACUGAAACACUGGAGGAUGGCAAUGAACAGGAAGACAGUAUGAUGCUACAAGGAGAAUGCAAUGAUACUGAUGAUAAAGAUGCUGAAUCAUUUGAAAAUGAUGAUACAUGUAAUUCUCUUGACGAAAUAGUAAAUCAAGGCGAUUGUCUAGAAGCAGUCUCAGACGAAGACUUUUCUGAAACAUCAUUUUCAGAGACAUCCUCGGAGGACAACAGUGAAAAAGAAGAAUGUUUCACAUCCGGUUCAGACGUAUCUGAAGACAAAGCAAUCACAAACGAUCCAGACCUACACAUAAAAGCAGUAGAUUUGCUUUCAGAAUUUACAGAAAAACUGAAAGAUGAAAACAAUUAUACAUUAGAUAAAAAUGAAAAUAGUAUAAACAUCAAUAUUUGGGACUUUGGAGGACAGUUCAUAUAUUAUGCCACUCACCAGAUUUUUCAUUCAAGAGACGCAAUAUAUCUUUUAGUUUUUGACCUAACGAAGGACCUUGAUAGCAUGGUACACGAUGAAGACUUUCCAGACAGAAAGUUUGAUAUGAGGACAUGCUUGAAAUUUUGGAUCAUGUCAGUGCAUGCUUUUGUCGGAACAAAGGACGGUAAGGAACCAAAAAUAAUACUUGUAGGGACACACAAGGCCGAUUGCAUCAGUAAGAGUAAUAUUGAAAAGAAGUUUGACGACGUAUAUGAUCUCUUUAUAAAAUCGAAAGCCAGAAAUCACAUUUACAAGAUGCCUUUUGCUAUCGAAAACACAGAUCCAAACGACCCCGGUAUUACUGAAUUAAAGAGAGCACUAUUUGAAAUAGGUUUAGAAAAAGCUAAAGCCAGCAAGGUUCCUGCAAAAUGGAUUCAAUUAGAAGAGGCAUUAAAAGGAAACAAAGAAAAUAGAAAGAUUUUGAAAUAUGAGGAUGUUCAAACCAUAGACAAGUCUACAGAUUUGCCUAUCAAUGAUGAGGAUCAGUUAAAGCUUUUCCUAAAAUAUCACCAUGCAAAAGGAACAAUUGUGUACUUUGAUGAGGAAAAACUCCGGGAAUUUGUCGUUAUUGAUCCGCAAUUUUUGGUGGAUGCUUUUAAAUGUAUCAUUACAUCUAAACGAUUUUGUAAGUGGAGAUCAGACAUACACGAGUUAUGGGAAAAAUUGAUAGAAACAGCAGUUCUAGACAAAUAUCUGUUGAACAGCAUUUGGGAGCAUGAUGACAAAAACCGUUUUAUGGAACAUAGAGAUAUUCUGUUGGCUUUUUUGCAAAGACAUCGAAUAUUGGCUGAGAUGCAGGUAAUUGAUGAGAUUACUAGUGAUGCAAGGGGCACGGGGAAAUACAUUGUACCAAGUCUUUUAAAAAGUGAGGGCGAUCAAUCAAUUUUAAAAAAAUGUGUAGAAGGAAAGAAUUAUUCGUUAGUCAUACUUGGUCUUUCAUUGGAAGAUACAACGAUUAUCAAAACUGUCUUUGAAAGAACUAUUGCAGCAGCUCUCGAGAGAUGGCCGCCAAUAGAGAUAGAUGGCAUAUCGUUGGUAUUUCAGAGUACUUCGUUCUACCUUCUCGACCUUCAACAUGCAGGUAUUAUUGCAUAUUCUUCUGAAAGGGGAAUUGAGUUAGCAGUAGUCAAUCAAUGCCCUCCAGCAAAUGUUGAAAGUGUGGUUUGUGACCGUUUCCGUAGAUUCGUAGAAACUGUCGUUUUAAACGAGUUCAGGCGUCACAAUUGCAGCAGAAACGAUAAUCCUUUUACUUAUUACCUAAAGUGCAACCAUGCCGUUCAUAAAUGUCAAGGAAGUAAAAAUGUUCAUUAUGGAUUAGAGAACAUUAAAAAGAAAUAUCGUGUAUGCUGCCCAGAUAAUUCAAACCAUGCAAUAAUUACGAAGAGUGCAUUAGCAGAAUGGUUUCAAGAUGGAACUAUUAUUAAUAACGAAAAAGGUCUGCAAAAGAAAGUCACGGAAAAGUACUUGACGAAAGUUGCCCAAACUAUCGGUCAGAAUUGGGAGCUAUUAGGACCCAUGUUAGGUGUCAGCAAAGUAGAUGUUGAACGAAUAAAAAUGGACCAUAAGCAUUGUACAGAGACAGCUAUUUUUUACAUGUUGCACAAAUGGAAUAUGCAAUGCCCUGAUCAAAAUACCAUGGGCGAUUUGAUAAAUACAAUGAAAGAAUGUGAGGCACUCUCAGUGGAUUGGGAUAAAGUCAACAACAUAUUGGACGGGUUCUUCAUGCAAUAAAGGUGAAGCAGUAAAAAAGCGUCUUCAACAACAACCCAGCUCUAUAAAUAAUAAAGUGCCCCGGAUUAAAGUAAAAACAAAUUAUCAUUUAUUGACCAUUGAACAUGUGAAACUGAACAAAGAGUAAUACUGAACCUCUACAACUACACACAAAGUUUUUUUGUUGGUUACUUGUGCGAUUUAUACUUUACACAUAAUACGCAUUUGUGUGUCUUAAAUGUCAAGCGAAUAGACUUCUUAAUGUAUUUUAAAUGAUAUGUUAUUCGGAACGGUUCUUUGUGUUAUAAACUUACCCGUGCUUAUACGGCAAUUCUACGGACGAAUUUUGAACAUGUGAAACUGAACAAAGAGUAAUAAUGAACCUCUACCACUACAAACAAAGUUUUUUGUUGGUUACGUGUGUAAUUUAUACUUUACACAUAAUACGCUGUGUGUCUAAAAUGUCAAGCGAAUAUACUUCUUGGUGUAUUUUAAAUGAUAUGUUAUUCGGAAAGGUUCUUUGUGUUAUAAACUUACACGUGCUUAUACGGAUAUUCUACGGAUGUUGACUCUGAUUAGUUAAGGUUAAUAACAAUAUACAAUUAUGUGCUAUGACACAAAUACUGUAGAUUUUAAUUUUGGUACAGAUACAAGAACGCUAUUCAAUGAAAUGAUUCAAGUACAUUUAUUUACGUAAAUUGUUUAUGAAUUAUUGUUUUGUUCUUUUUGUGAUUUUUAUUAUCUAAAUCUCGAUUUCAUUGUUUGAUAUACUAGUACAUGUACAUGUUUGGAAUGAUCCAAAUGUUUUUGUAAUGAUUCAACUUAUCAUAACUUGUCUUAUUUGAUUGAUAUUAUAAACAAUUAUUAUUUUAUUUAUAUUAAGUUACAAUAUUAGUUAUUCAACUAUUGAAAGACUUCAUGGCUACUUUUUUGUAAACCCUAUGUAAGUCGUGUUUUACGUGAUUAAUAAUUUUAUAAAAUUAAGGUGUUUAAAAUACGUGCAUUCCUUGCUUUACUUUUUAUAUCCUAGUAUAUUAUCAUGACAGAACGGUCAUUAGAAAAAAUCCCAGAGUAAGCCUAAGAAACAGACCGUUUUAAUUAUAGAAUAGAUCGUUGAAACACAACGCUAAAUUUUUUGUUUGUUCAUCGACCAAUAUGUAUCAAUGUACAUGUAUGUAUAACG